AUGAAGGUGACUGUACUUGAAUGGAAGGGUUUUUGUACAUGGCAUUGGGACCUAUCUUCGUCCCUUUCCAACAAUAGCAACAACAGUGGAUACAUCGAGGAAUUAUGUGGGAUCUGUCGUGUCUCCUUUGAUGGCGCAUGCCCCAACUGCAAGUAUCCUGGCGACGAAUGUCCAAUAAUCUUAGGAGAUGGAUGUACUCACAACUUCCAUUUACAUUGCAUAUUGAAGUGGCUAGAGCAAGAGUCGUCAAAGGGGUUAUGUCCAAUGUGUAGACAAAUCUUUACUUUCAAACCAAUUGCGGAUAACUCACAGGUAGAGUAUUCCAAUUUAAAAACCUUGAUCGACGGGCACAAAGUAAUGAGGGAAAGAUUACUGCCAAAUAACGAGCUGGAGUUUGAAGCAUUCGACGCUGAAGUAGAUUGA